AAGUCGUUAGAUUAAUGGCAGUGCCAGCUUCUGGGAUUUGUAUGGCCUCUGAUAUUUGCAAGCAUGUUUCAUUAGCUCUCCUUUUUAGCAGUGCUGCCCCUCGUUUGUGAGUAAUCCGGUGUGCUGUAUGAGACUACUCUGUUCCUGUGGUAGAGGAAACUAGUCACUGCACGAUUUGGAUAGUUCCCCGACAUUAAGCUGAAAUUGAGCUGCAGUCUUUUUCCCUCGUCUGCAGCAUGGGUCUUGUGUGCAGUGGCAGUGCUGGACUCCGGGCUGUUUCCAGAAGGCAGGACGUGGAAACUCCAGCUGGCAGAGCUGGCUCUGGUUUGCUCUUGUUGCUGUCCUGUGGUACUUGACUAGGGAUGAGAGCCCUGUGACCUGUUACCAUUCUGGAAGGCACCUCGCGUCUGCAGCCCGUGCACAGCGACAGUGGAGCCCCGGGAUGCAUUAGCUCCUGUUUUCUACAUGAUUGCCUCACUUGGGGUGCCUGUUAGGAUUUGGACGUGUUCCCAAACUUCUACACCCUGAAGCUUAGUAUUGUCAUUUGGCAUGUUCGUUCUCUGUCAAGAAGCCUUUCGGUUUUUUAAUGUGUCAAGGGCUCUUUGAAGAAAAUUGCAUUUUGUUUGCACAAACCGUGCUGCAUCCCUACAAACAUCUGGAUGACAAAAUAGGAAGCACCCUUGAGGUCUUUCAUCAUGAGCACAAAAGGGGGAGCGCAGGGGUAUCUUAGUGGAGCAGCGGAAUAGUGUUAGCAUGGAGUUACGGCGAUAGAUUCUCCAAUUUGAAACAACAGUUGAUUUGUUACAGGGCUCAAUAUGGUGAUCAAAUGUUUCCUUGUUUAUCCUUUUUCCUGGAAAUCAAUUUUUAAAAACACGAUAUGUUUAUUGGCCUAGGCCCCCACUCUAGGUCUCGGUUAGCAGAGCGCCUCUUUCCACUGUGACUCCAGCCACGUCCCCUGUGCGGCAGGCUUCAGAGCCAUGGCGACAGAGGAGAAGAAGCCUGAGACGGAGGCUGCCAGAGCACAGCCGACCCCUUCCUCCUCUGCCACUCAGAGCAAGCCCACACCUGUUAAACCAAACUAUGCUCUGAAGUUCACCCUUGCUGGCCACACCAAAGCAGUGUCCUCCGUGAAAUUCAGCCCAAAUGGAGAGUGGCUGGCAAGUUCAUCUGCUGAUAAACUCAUUAAAAUUUGGGGAGCAUAUGAUGGAAAAUUUGAGAAAACCAUAUCUGGUCAUAAGCUGGGAAUAUCUGAUGUUGCCUGGUCGUCAGAUUCCAACCUCCUUGUCUCUGCUUCUGAUGAUAAAACCUUGAAGAUAUGGGACGUGAGCUCGGGAAAGUGCCUGAAAACCUUGAAGGGGCACAGUAAUUAUGUAUUCUGCUGUAACUUCAACCCCCAGUCCAACCUCAUCGUCUCAGGCUCGUUUGAUGAAAGUGUGAGGAUUUGGGACGUGAAAACAGGGAAGUGCCUCAAGACUUUGCCGGCUCACUCAGAUCCAGUCUCAGCUGUUCACUUUAAUCGUGAUGGAUCCUUGAUAGUUUCAAGUAGCUACGAUGGUCUUUGUCGCAUUUGGGACACCGCCUCUGGCCAGUGCCUGAAGACGCUCAUCGAUGACGAUAACCCCCCAGUGUCUUUUGUGAAGUUCUCUCCGAACGGCAAAUACAUCCUGGCUGCCACGCUGGACAACACCCUGAAGCUCUGGGACUACAGCAAGGGGAAGUGCCUGAAGACCUACACUGGCCACAAGAAUGAAAAAUACUGCAUAUUUGCCAAUUUCUCCGUCACCGGCGGGAAGUGGAUCGUGUCUGGCUCGGAGGAUAACCUGGUUUACAUCUGGAACCUUCAGACGAAAGAGAUUGUACAGAAACUACAAGGCCACACAGACGUUGUGAUCUCCACAGCCUGUCACCCGACAGAGAACAUCAUCGCCUCGGCUGCGCUAGAAAACGACAAAACGAUUAAGCUGUGGAAGAGCGACUGCUAAGUCCUUUGUUGCCACAUGAGAGACUGUCAGGAAGUUGAUUUGGAUUGGCAAGAAAAGUGGGUGUCGAGGAGGCCCCCCGGGUCUGGCCCGGGGGACCUGGGCGGGGCCUGACACCAGCCGCCUCCUUGAAGAUGAUUUGGCCGCGGGGAAAGUGUGGACGACCAGAGGUUCUAAAAGUUGCUGGUGACACUUCUUGCCAAUUCGCUAACACUGUCUAGGGAGGUGUUCCUAGUCUGUAUUGUGUUCAGUCAAGAAAAAUUUUUAAUUUUUUAUUACAAGAGGGUGAGGUUCAAUUUAUGAUGAGUUGUGUUUUUUCCAGUAAAUGUUCUGUAUCUUUUGAUAUUCUCUGCCCCAGUGCAAGCGCUGUGACCCAGCUCUGCCACCCGGCUCUGGCCUGCGGCCCCGGCCCCCGUGUGCCCCGCGGGCCUGGCCCCGACUGUCCGGUAGGUGCUCUAAGACGCGGCCCCCCGUGCGUCCGGCCCAGCCUGUAGUGGUUCCCGGCGUGUUUUCGAGUCUUUCUGGAAACACAGCGUUGUGAGGUCACUUCGUGUAGAGGGCUCUUGUGUCCUGGGAGCACGGAGUCCACGCGCUGACGGCGUGGAGUUGCGCUGUCCCCGUUUGUCUCGCCGAUGUUCGUGCCACAGGCAGCACCACAAACUGUAAUAAAAGGAGGGAUUUUGUGAA